UUAGUGAAGAGGAGCGAGUGACACGCUUUCGAGGGCCGGCGGAGUCAAGGACGAGAAACGGCCUCUGAGUCUUAGUCCGAGGCGCCCUCCGCCCCGCUCGCUCCACGGGUCUGAGGGAAAACAUGUGGCUGGUGGGAAAGGUUUUGGUGCAGCAUGAGGAGCUGUUAGUGGUGUGAAGGAACGUGUGUGUGUUUAGACCGACAGCUGUUGAGGUGAUAAGCGCGGAAAUGAGCAACCAGGGCAUAAGGCAUCGGCGGUGGCUGCUGAUGCUGACGGUAAUAGGCCUGGGCUGGGUCGUCGCCACUUCCGUCACUGUUUUAGGCAUGUUCAUGACAGCCUGUCGGAGGAGAGGAAAGGCUGAGACCUCCAACAUAGGCCUCUGCCAGUCGUCCUCGCUGCAUGAGGGGUAUGCCAUGGUGGGGUUCGGCUCCCUCAUGAACGUGGCUUUGUUGGUGACGAUGCUGGUGCUCCUCAUGAAGGACAGGAGGAAGAACCGCGUCAAGCCAGACCCGCCGCCCGACUACGAGAGCCUCAUCAAGGAGGAGACGCCGCCGCCCUCUUACUUCGAGCUCAGCCUCGGCGACUCCGACCUCCCUCAAGAUGUCGUGGCCGUGGCGACUCCUUCCGCUUUUUCCUUUUCCUCCUCCUCCUCCGCGCCCACGCCCACAGACACGAGUGGCUCUACACCACCCACAACAACGCCAGUUUCUCCGCUCAAGACAGCCUCGGUGGGCGUGUCCUGCACCAAUUCUCCGUCUUCGAAGGCGUCCCUCACGGAAUCGCUCGAAGAAACCGAAGAUGUUCUUUCAAACGAUCUCACUCUGCUUCUCUAAACGUCUUUCAAUCUUAUUUAUCGAUGUUAUUAUAUAAGAUUAAAAUUACCUCUUUGUA